AUAAAAAAUAAAAAAAAAAAAAAACUUGCUCUACAACUUUUGCGGCCGCGCAAACUGUGGAGAAGGGGCCAAAGCAAAACCAUCGUCGCGCGAUCUGCAGUCGCGGCCCAGAUACUGGGCGUGCGAGUACUUGUAUGUUGUUUCAAUGCAUCCGUUUAGAUACUUAGUUGGAUUUCUAAUAUUUCAUUUUGCACCUUCUUUAUGGAUUAAGUGACGAACAGAAAAACAGACACUGAAGAUGGUUCAUCUGUCUGCCCCUUUGUUCUUGGUAAGGGAGCGGGACGAUUACCAGCUGAUUCUGGCAAAACAGCGAGCAUCUGUUCUGUGGCUUCUGUCUAAAGCUUAUAUGCCCAAAAUUCCAUCAGAGCUGUAUGAGCCUUGUUACCGAGAUCAUGAGGGAAAUGAUAGACUUAAACCUCAGAUAGUACAUGCUUUGGCUAAUGCUGAGCUGUAUUGCUUGGCAUUAGCCAACAUUUAUGCUGAUCCUAAUUACCAUAACCUUAAUCAUCAUGGCAUAAUACAAGUGCUCACUAGAAAAGGCAUUGAGAUCAAUGAACCUAUGGAUGCAAAUCUGACGGAAACAGUUUUAGUUCAGACAGCACCAAUCAGAAUGAAUGCUCACAUGGCUGUGAUUGAAGGUAUAAUGGCUCUCUUCAUCAAAGAAGUGCUCAUUCCAGAAAAAGUUGUCGAAGUAGUCAGCCGUUUCUCAGUUGUGAAUCCAGAAAGUGAACUUCCAUAUGACUGUGAAGAAGCUGCCCUACUUUGGAUCAACAAGUGCUGCAUCAAAAUGAGGCAUAAGAUUGAAGAAGAGCUCGGCACUAGCCAUUGUUCUGAUAGUCCUGACUCUAGUCAUCCUCAAAGAGGUAAUUCUCCAUUUAUUGCUUUGGCUCAAGAUUUAGGAGACCUUAGUGAUGGUUGCUGUUUGUCUGCCUUACUCAGCCUGUACUGUCCUAGGUAUUUUAAAUGGCAAGAUAUCCUUUUGCACGAUCCAAUAAGUUUAGCAGAUUCUGUUCAUAAUUUACAGUUAGUGCAGAAAUUUUGCCAGGAACACUUACCACAGGACAUCUAUUGCCUUUCUCUGGAAGAUAUAGUUUACAUGCAUCCAUCUAUUGUUCCCAAUGUUCUUGCUUUUAUAGCAGACCUCAUGUACAUAUUUGAAAUCCGGCCUCCAAAGCACAUCUGCAGACCCGGUGCUAGAAUAGAGAGGGAAGAUGAAACAAAAAUGGUUGAUGUUAGUAAUUUAAAUGGCCAAAGACAGUCACCCCUCCAAAACUGCAGAAUCCGAAAUUUCCAAAAAUCUGUGAGUCCUAUUCCAGAUUUAAGAUCAGGGAAUUAUGAAAUUAGCAGGAGUGGGAGUUGGCAAAGGCCACAAAAGUCUCUGUCAGCUAGAAAAAUUAAUAUGCAGGAUGAUAGAAAACUUGAAAGUUCUAGGUCAUUAAGGCGAACUCAUUCUGUGAAUUUUUCAGAAGUCAAUAGGCGUGGUGAGCUUUCUGUAGCACCGUCAGAUCAAAGGUAUCAUCCAGAAGAGGAUGAAGAGCUUGCUAGUUAUUUUUCUUCUAAACAUCCUCAUUCCCAGUCUCAAUACAAUUUGCUUGACCAAGAAGACAAUCGCCGUUUGACGAGGCACACGAAUGAUCACAGUCAGAGGCUACAACAGCAAGCUCAGGGUCACUAUCAAGUCUUUCAUACUGAAAAACCUUACCAGGAUGCCUCUUCCCCAGGGCAUCUGGAGUCUUUAAGUGAAACUAAUGAAUUUACAGGAGGAAAAUGGGCCGAACCUCGAGAGCAACCUGCAAAAUCUGGUUUACAAAGAUCUCCAUCUUCAUAUGAAAUUCACCAACUCUCUCCUAGCAAACAAAUUGUUAAAGGAAGGGGAUACUCCUGCCAACGUAGUCAAUCUGAUUUACAUUUGUCCCAAGAAAAAAGGCCAACAAAUAAACAGAAUGCUGAAAGUGAAAAUAACCUGUACCAAGUUCAGUCUGUCUCUCAUGAACACUAUUCUCCAAGGACAUUCACUAGAGAACCAAGAAGAAAUCGAAACUCUUUUCAUGAAUCAUCACAUUCUGAAAAUUUAGGCUCUAACGGACCUACAUCAAGGCGAUAUAGCACAGAUUGUGGAAAAUGGGUUUCGGGUGAUAUUGAAAAUCAAAGCAAGCAUCUUUCAGGAAGCCUUACAUGGAGGAAACCAAAGGAUUUAUUUUCACAAUCUGAAUGGAACAAAGAAAAUGUUGAUUUAGAAAACAGUGGGAAUUUUCAGAGCUCUGAAGACCAAAGAGCUACUGAGGAUCAAGGUGGUGUAAUUAGUUUUGCUAAUUUAUCAAAGCAAAAAAAUAAUUCUGGUACUGCUAUAAACAUAGUUUAUACACAUCAAGAUAAAGAAAAUGAACAAGGAACCUAUAAAAAGGCCACUCGACCUGGUUAUUUGCAUAUCAAUAAAUCUCAUCCAAUGACAGAUAAUACAAGUCCAACUUCAAGUUAUGGUACCUCUUCGGACUGGGCAAAAAGUGAUGCAAAGUGUCAACCUACAUCUGAUUCCUCAGUUGCCGCCCAGAUGCUUGAUAUUCGUUUGAAACUGGAAGAAAAGCGAAAAAGAAUUGAGCAAGAAAAAGCAUUGCUGGAAAGUUUGUCAAAAAAACAGAGGGAAAAGAUGGGUAAAGCUGCAUUUUUGCAGGCAGUCAAAGGAGGAGGCUCAAAUACUCCAAACAGAGAUGACAGGUAUGAUACAAACUACAGUAGGACUCGUCAAUUUUCUGUUGAAGAUAUUUCAGAUGACUUGGAUACAGUCAGAAGGAAAUGGUUGGAAAGAAAAAAUGCUGAAUUUGAUUUAGAAAAUGAUAUGCAGUCUGAAGAUAUCCAACAGUCAAUUGAACAGUUGAACUGUAGUUUGUCAGAUUUACAGUCUGAUAUAUCUCGUUUAACAGAACAGCAAGAAAUGAUACAAAAACUCCUAAAAAGUAAUACACCUCCUCAAAAUGACCUACAAGCAUAUUUUCUACAUGAUCAAAAUGUACCUAAACAAAAUAAAACACCAAGUAAAUGGGCUGAGCCUGUGAAUACUUUUCAGAACAGUAAUGUAUAUCCUCAGAAUAUGAUGGCACCUGAGAUUCAUCCCCAUGUAGGAAGUCGGGGCCAUUGGGGGCAACCGGUCAUUCCAUUUGGGGGAUAUCAGCAACAGCAACCCCAACAGCAAAACAUUCCAAUGUGGCAACAAACAUCACAAUCUCUGAGGCCUUCUUCUUCAGAACCUCAGGUGAUGUAUGGACAGCUUAUGAAUAUGCAGUCUCAUAUGUAUGAAAGACCGCCUUCUACUGUUCCUUUCAACCAAGGAUUCUCUCUGCAUCCUCAGCAACUCCCUCAAAACUAUAAUAAUUAUUAUCCACCAAAUCCUUAUUAUUCAAAUGAAACACAACCCAGCAAUCCCCAAAACCAAAGUCAGUAUCCCUAUGGAGCAUACCAACAAACAAAUUACCCAGUCAUGCAAAACACCUUCACUCGUAAUGUGUCCCAAGGGCCCAUUCGUUCAGAUAGCCGAAGUUUCCACUUGCAUCAGAAUCCUUCUGAAACAUAUCCAGCUGAUGAAAGUGACAAUUAUACCCACCCAAGUAACGGCAAUUCUGCUGAAAUUCAGUAUGAUGCACUUCGCUCAGAAACAAGGACUUCACCUCAUGAUAGUUCAGCUUUGAAUGUUACAACAGAUGAAUUUGGUAGACCAUCAAGGAGUUCCGAAUUACAACAUUCUCCUCCAAAUAGGCCUGUUUUAGGUAAAACAUUUCGUGUUGCUAAAUCUAAAGUUACAUCUCCUUCUUCACCUAAUUAUAAACAACAAACUUCAUUUAAUCAAAACACUGAAGAACCUCAGGUUCAAAAUGAUCAAUCAGAAGGACAAAAUUCUAAUAGUGAGCAGCAACAAUUAAAUGAUAAAGGUUUUUAUAUAUCAUUUGAAGAAGAACCCCGUAAACCAAAACCUAAGUUAAAACCUAAGCAUUUGAAAGCUCGUAAUCAGCAAAAGAAAAUAGACUCUGAAUAUCGAAAGUCAGACAAUUCAGAUAACCAAAAUAUAGAAAAUACUGGCACGUCUAGGCAGCAGUGGAAUAAAAAAAGUGAUAACGAUCAAGCUUUAGAAGCUGAAAACUCCACAAAUGAAGAAUCAGUAUCUGAAUCAGCUGAGAAAACAUCAGAAGGAUCAGCUUCUCAACCUCAUCCUGGAGUUGGUUUUGUAGUAUGUGCAACCUCUACUGAAGGUGAUCCUGACAAAGAAUUAGAAAUGACAAGGAGAAAAGAAAUGAUCAUGAUGAUGUCCUUACGUAGAAGAGCUGAGCAAGAAAAAAAGAAAAAUGAAAAGCAACAAGAGUAUCUUCGAAAGAAAGAAGAAGAAAGGAUAAAAAGAGAGCAACAGGAAAAGAAGAAAGAAGAAGAAAAGCUUCGCCGUCAGCUCAUCCUGGAGCAGUAUCGACAGAGAAAGGCUCAGGAAGAGGAAGAUGGAACAUCUGGUGGCUCUUCUAGAGGCAGGGAAGAAACAACUGCUGCAAGUAGAGGUGCAACUAUGACAAGGUCUAAGUCAAGGUCAGCUUCAGUCACAAGACCAAGGCAGAGAAGUGGCCAUUCAUCGAAUAGCCGCAAUCAGAAUGUGUCUUCUCCAUCUUCUCUAGAUUCUCCAGUGGGGAGGGGUUCACAGUAUAACCUUGCAGGUGGAUAUCCAGAUGAAGUAUCCUCCGAGCAUGGGUAUGCACCUUCUCCGUGUCGGACGCGUAAUUAUCCACAUUCUUCCCCUAUAUCGCCAACCUCGUACCCAUCUUCUCCUGGGCCUUUAUUGCA